CUUCCUUCGCCAAAUUUCUUUUGGUCUCUCACAAUAUGAGUUCCCGUAUGACAAUCCCUCUGCAUCUUAUUUUUCUCGUCGCGUUAACCCUAGCAUUGACCCUAGCAUUGAUCCCUCUGUCCAUCGCCCAAGACUCGCCCCAAGACUAUGUCGCGGCCCACAAUGCGGCUCGCUCUCAGGUUGGUGUGGGCCCGAUGGCGUGGGACGAAACCGUCGCUGGCUAUGCCAGGGAUUACGCCAACAAGCAUGCCAGCGACUGCACGCAACUCGUUCAUUCAGGCGGACCCUAUGGGGAGAACCUUGCGUGGGCUUCCCCCGAUCUUACUGGCACCGGAGCGGUGAACAUGUGGGUCGGAGAAAAGCCUGACUACGACUACAAUUCCAAUUCAUGUGCACCGGGAAAGGUCUGUGGACAUUACACUCAGGUGGUGUGGCGCAACUCUGUUCGGCUUGGAUGCGCAAAGGUCCAAUGCGCGACGGGCGGUACUUUGGCCACGUGUAACUAUGAUCCUCCUGGGAAUGUUGGUGGCCAGAAGCCUUAUUGAAUUACAAAAAGUUGUAUGUCGGAUGAUGAGCUAUUAUGUCAAAAUAAUGCCUCAUUAUGAUGAGGCCAGUGCUUUUGAUGCACCAAAAUUAAGUAACAUCAUAUGAAUGAUGCAUGUAAAUCUCUUUACUGAGGAAAAAGUUAACCUCUCAGUAUUUA